UUUUUUUUAAGAAAAAAAAUCACUGGAGGCACUGUUGUGUGACUCAGGUGGGGAUUCAGGCUUUGGUGGUGGGGAUUCUAUGGCAGGAUAGCAGCACCUUCCUGGUUAGGGCCACACCACACAUCACAAGCCCCACACACGCUUGGCUGUGACAGAAGAGUGAGUGCAAUAAGGACAGACAGCAGAGAAGUGGAAUGGAAUGGUGGGCGGAGUUAAAGUUGAAUGACAGGUAGAGAGCGUCGGUUGGAAAAUGACUGUUGAAAGGAGAGAGAUUCGGCUGUGAGAGUCUGAGGGAAAGGGGGAACGAGAUGAGAGGCAUAAUUGAAGUAUACGUAACAGAGUUAGGACAGCUGUUCUUAAAGAACAAGCGCCACAACUUUGUUUGGGUCUGAGGAGAGAAAUUAAAGAAUGCUGUGUAACAAAGCACCCAGGUCAAAAGAGGCUUGUAAGGAUGCAGUUAUGGAUCUUGACUCAAUAGACUACUGGAGGAUAAAGGAGGUGCUGGAGAUGACACGUCUGGAAGUGGAACAGAAGAAGAAAACGAAAGAGAAUCAGAAAGAAUUGGAAUUAAUGAUGAAGGACAAUAAAAGAAACCAGAGAGAUAUGGAGCAUCAGAAACAGAUAGAAUGGGAGCAGACGAAGAAGUAUGAAUUAGCGAUGUUUAGAAGGGAAAUAAAGGAGAAUGAGGUUGCCAAAGAAUAUGAGGAGGUAGGAUCUGUGAAGAGAGUGUCCCAAGCAGGCCUUGCAUUGAAUGUUCCAAAGGUAGAGCAGUUUAUCUUGGAGAAACGAAGAUUGCCUGAGAGCCAAUUUAUGCCAGAAGUGGGAGAUGCCACUAGUAGUCCAAAGAGACCAGUUGAGGCCUGCAUUUUGCCCACUGGCGGAGGGGAUGAGCCUGUCUUCUUGGAAUUGGCUGAUAAGGCCAAGAUGCCCAAAGUCAUAGGGGGGAAGCCAGCUCAAGAGUCGGAGCGCAUUCAAGAAGAUGUAGAACGUCUGAAAGAAGAGCUCACAGUAGCCAAUGCUGCAAAGGCAGAGCUACAGUUAAAGCUGGAUGAGCUACAGAGAUCAAUAAAGUAUUCUGAGCAAAAAUGGGAGGACGAAAAAGAAUUCUUGCAUAAUCAGAACAUUCGGUUGGCUACAGAACUGAAGGCAAAAACAGAUGAACUUCUGGUUCUUGCUUGGGAAAAAAGAAGUGAAAUUGUGGGUCUUCAGUAUGACCUGCAGAACAAGAGAGAAGAAGUGUCUUGCAUGGAAAAGGAAGUCAGUGAACUAAAAAAAUCAAAUGAAAAUCUACGGAAACAGGUGGCAGAUCUUUUAGUAGAAGUGAAGGAGGCAAAAGUACAGCAGCGAGCUAGUAUGGAAGAGAGAUCCCACAAUGAACGAAACACCCAUAUUGAGUUGUCUAAUUCAUACAAGUUUUGCUGAUGAAUGGGAGACAAAAUGCAAAGCAUUCUGCCAAGAUAUACAGGAGCUGUGCAAAUAUCUGAAAGGCGCAAGUGAAGCUAACAAAGAAAUACAGGAUCAUUUGGUUGAGAUGCAACAAUACAUGGGGGGAAAUAAAGGAAAAGAUGCAUUAGCUGGAGGAAUAAUGGGACAAUGUGAAUGAUCUUGUUUCAGUCACCAAAUGCAGAGUGAUCCUCUUUCGAGAGGCUGUGUUUGUUCCAUCCCUCCAAGACUCUGCAGGCAUUUUUGAAUCAGAGAUUAUGGAUAGUAAUCUUGCUGUGGUGAAGCAGAAAGGGAAUAAAUGAAAGGCCAGCAAAAGAGACUGUGAAAUUAUUCUUUAUAGUUGUGGGAAAGAACUGUGUGUUAUUUAAGUCUAUAACUUGACAAGAUGCUGGAAACAGAUAAUCCAGUCAAAGGAAUGUGGGUGCAAGCUAGGGUAUCCUGGGUAUCUAAAUGAAUAUGUAAGUGGCAUUUCACCAAGGCAAGCGACUGUCAGCCUUGCUGGAACUUUGAACAAUGGCUAUGUGAAUCCUAGAAGGGGCUGCCUUUUUUUUUUUGGAAAAUUGCUCCCUGUGAAUCUGGAUUAAAUGUGGACCUUGUUCCUGGGCAAGUGACUCCCCCUCCUAGUUUGAACUGUCAGUCCUUUUGCUAUUAAGGCUCUCUGUGGGGUCCAAUAAGCAAUUUGAUGAUGAUAUUAUUAUUCAUUUUUGAUACAAUUGUCUCAAGGUGAUGUACAACAAACACAGCAAAAACAGUUUAGAAACAGCACAAAAACAGCGUAUACAUCUAAAAGAAAACCAAAACCCUACAAAAUAAGAUAUCCAUGGCAAAGAUCCAUUUAUCCAGCUGAGGAAGCCUUUCAGAACUAAAUUUGUUUCUGGAUAGUGCAGAUGGUUGGUGCCUUUUGUAUCUUGUCAGCAAUGCUAUUCCACAGAUGUGUCCUAAUUUCCCAUACCUACACGGCGCAGAUAAGAAGCAUGCAAAUAAUUCUUUAACUUUACAGAUGGACAGCUGAGGCUGACUGACCCAAAGACACCAAAUGAGUUCAUAAUGGAGCAAGCAUUGUCCUAGGCAUAAAUCUAAUACAUUCUCCAAUGGACCAAACUGGCUAAGCACUUUCAAACGUUGUCCCUAUAUACACAGCUUGACUGAGGAAAUCUGUACAGUGUAUGCUGAAUGCACUGUAUUUGAACUGACAACACAAAAGGUUAAAAAAUAUUGCCACCCGUUGCCAGUCUCUUAAGCCAUCCAAUAUGCCUGUAUAUUAAAAGAUCUGGAAUAUCUCCCCUAUGAAUUUAGUUCGCCUAGGAAUAACAUAUUUUUAAGUGGUUACAGCCACACAGGAAAAAUUAUUUUUGGAUAAGUAGGUCAGCUCUGUAACAGCACAGGUGUUUCUGCAUGUACAAGACACAGCAGGAAAAUGUUUUUAAAUAAAUAAAUGUUGCAAUGCAAAUUAAAAAAAAGGGGGGAGGAGGAGAGAAAACACCCUCUGAACCCAAAAGCAACCCCUACUCAUGAGCCAGUAUCCUUUUUAAUGAAUUUGGCACAGUUUCAAAAUUUCCACUCAUAACCAUGCCUGUUUGAUCUCUAUGAGGUAUAGCAAACAAUUGUAAAAGAGUUUCUGGCAGAAAAAAAGCACCAUUGGCUUAUGCUGGUGUGUAUCAAAAAGUUCCCACUUCCAAAUCAGCAAUAAUUAAGUGCACCAUCAAAAAAUAAAAAAUAAAUAUGCCACACCUGCUUUCU